CGUGUUUCCUUCCAGCGUACGAUAAUUAAAAACUUGCUUUGAUAAGGCAGCAAAGAUAUCGCCCUCUCUAAAACCUCUCUACACUCCCCGAAUAGUAGUUGAUACGAAUAAAAAGUGUGUUAGGGUUUUGGGAUCAGUGACUUUUUGUGGAAAAUUGAAAUUGUUGUAUGCAAUGGACGUUGAAAUUGAACAACUUUCUUCUCAAGAUUCCGACAAACUUAAACACAAUAAGGAGGCUAUGACUAAGGAUAAUUCACAAACAGUAGCUGGGUCUGUAUCCGUAUCUCUUGACUCUGGCAAUAACAACAGUUCCAAUUCAGACCUCUCAUUUCAUGAAGAUCAGAAUGAUGGAGAUGAUGGCAUGGAUGAUGACGAUGAUGAUGAUGUGUCAAACUAUGAUGACGACGAUGAUGAUAAUGACUAUAUGUUUUAUGACAAUGAUGAUGAUGAUGAGUGUGAUUACUUGAGUAUGCAGGCACAAUUUGAUAAUGUUGAUUUGCCCGCUGGUGUAGAGGCAACAGUUUCUUGGUUGAAUGAACCUGCUCCCAGUUCAAAAGCGCCUUCCCAAGUUACCUCUUCUAGUCUUCCAGUAGGCGCUGGGACAUUGAAACCCACACUUCCUGAGCAUGGAAGUAGUAGUAACUUUGCUCAGGCCCCUGCUUCAAGCAGUUCUCUAGUGUCUGUAGAGUCAAGUUCUCGAGGAAAGGAAGAGGCAACUGAAGAAGAAGCCAUGAAAAAAUAUCAAAGUUUUAAGCAUUUUGAUGUGGUAGAUGACUUCUCAGAUCAUCAUUACAGUAGCUUGGGCUUCCAGGGGCAACAGCCACCUAAGGCCUGGAGUAAGAAAGUUCAGGAUGAGUGGAAGAUAUUGGAAAAUGAUUUACCCGACACAAUAUAUGUAAGGGUCUAUGAAUCAAGGAUGGAUCUCCUUAGGGCUGUCAUCAUUGGACCACAAGGCACUCCAUACCAUGAUGGUCUCUUCGUCUUUGAUGUCCUGUUCCCACAAAACUAUCCUGAUGUGCCACCGAUGGUUUACUACUAUUCUGGUGGUUUGAGACUGAACCCAAACUUGUAUGAUUGUGGAAAAGUCUGUCUCAGUCUUCUGAACACUUGGACUGGUAAAGGUAAUGAAAGGUGGCUGCCCAAGACAUCGACCAUGCUGCAAGUCCUGGUUUCUAUACAAGCUCUAAUUUUGAAUUCAAGGCCUUUCUUUAAUGAGCCUGGAUAUGAAGCCUCAUAUCCCGGACCUGACGGAGAGAGGAGAUCUAAAGCUUACAAUGAAGAUGUUUUUGUUCUAUCUUUGAAAACAAUGACAUAUACAUUGAGGAGGCCCCCAAAGCAUUUUGAAGACCUUGUCAUUGGUCACUUCCGUUGCUACGCUGUAGACAUUCUCUCAUCAUGCAAGGCAUAUGUGGAAGGAGCUCCAGUUGGUUCUGUAGUCAAGGGAAAAGUCCAGGGUAAUGCAACUGAAGACAGGAGCUCACCAGUAUUCAGGGAAUCAGUAUCCAGAAUGAUGAAUGGUCUUAUAUCCCUUUUCACUAAGAAUGGUGCGAAGGAUUGUGACCGGUUUUGUGUCUAAGCCUACAGGAUUACACAUCAGAUCCUAUAAUAUGAAAAUCACAAGAUGUGUUUCCUGAAUGGUCCAUUUUCGACUCUUUGAGCACCUCUUUUACCUUGCUUUUGGUGCCAUUCACAAUUUCGUGUACAUAGAAACUCUAAUUUUGAAUGUAGAUAAAACUGGUUACUUUAGCACUGAGGUAUAUUCUAAUGGUACAGGUAUAUAGUUCUUCCA